CUCUCUCUCUCUCAACAUGAAGUCUAUAGAUUCCUCUUACAUCUUUCAGAAGAUGUCAGUCAUGGCAGAAUCAGUUUCAUCUCAAGGCAGCUCUUGGCUGCAGGUCAGAGAUGGUGAAGAUGGCAGUGAAGAUAUGAAGGAUUUGGAAGAUAGACCCACAGACCAAGAGGUUGCUAGCAUGUUACAGUCUUGUUCUUCAGCUUUAACUUCAUGCACAAGCUGCUCUCAGUCCACCCAGCAGUUAAGUGAGACCAUGCACCGAAAAAUGGAGGACAUUGUGGUCAGGCUCACUUCUCAGAUUGAAUCCCUAAAAUCCCAGCUGGAAGCCCGUCAGCCAGAAACUAGUUCACGUGACAGAGAUACCACCUCUGGCUCAGAGCAGCAGUUGGAGUCCCAUCAGCUAGAGGAGGAGGACCAACAGCAGAAUGAUGAAGCAGAACAGCAAGCAGAAACUGAUCAGGUAGAAAAGCCUGAGGAAACCCAGUCUGUUGAGCAAGAAGAGGAAUCCAGUGAACAAGAACAGCAGCUCCAGAACAGCCAGAGGUCAUCUGUAGAAAGACAGUCAGGUUGCAGUGUUGAGCAGCAGGUUUUAUAUAGCAACAGUUUCUUGCCAGCUCCACGCACAGCACCUGUUUUCCUUCCAGAACCAGAGAUGCAGAUUGCAUGCUUACCCCCCCAGGAUACCUUGGGUGGAAACCUUCGUCCUUCAGCACCCUCCCCAACACCAUCAAUGUACUCUCUUCGGGCUCAGGCACAAGGAGUGGUCAACUCUCCACCUCGAACUUCAUUGGUUGUCCCUCAGCCGACACUUGCUCCUCAUGAUGCCACUGGUUCCAAUCUCCCUCCCCCACUGCUGCCAGAGACUACACCUACUGCCCGCCAAGCUGCUGUCAUGAGCCAAUUCUCAAGCCAGCAGUUGGCAAGUGGACUAGGGCAUGAGUCCGAUGAUGAUGAUUUCCACAGCACAAGCGAUAAUGAUGAGGGCACCUCUUUAUCAGCAUCCCACGAGAAUAAUGGAAAGCUGAUCGAAUGUCCAAUGUGCACCUUGUCCUUCCAAUCUGGUGCCAUCCGUCUCCUUGAGGAACACAUUAACUCUCACUUGGAACAUGUUUGUCCAGUAUGUUCUGUGGCUUUCCAGCGAAACAACCAGAAAAAGUUUGAGGAGCAUGUCCAUGCCCAUUUUGAAGGAGAAGACAAUCUUGAAGAUUCUAACCCACUUGAUGAUCCCACUGGGCCUUGGGGACCCCAGUUCAGGGCUACACGGCUCUUGGAGAUUGACUAAGGGACUCAACACUUUACACCGGCAUUAGCUUACAGAUGCAUGGAAAUAGCUCUUUUAUUUCAGAUUUAUUUAUGCUUUAUUCUGGUGAAUAAUGACAGUAUAUAAAGAUACAUCUUAAUAUCUAUAUAUGAAUGCAAUAGAGGCAUGAAAAUAUGAAGUAAAGAUCACAGUAUAAGGUAGAUUUAACUAUUACAGUUACCUUCCAUGUAGAUGGUAACCAUGUCUUAGUUGUAUUCUUGUAAUUAGACCCUAUGACAUCAUUGGGGCUUAUGUGAUUUUUUUUUUUUUUUUUUUUUUUUUUUUUUUUUUUUUUUUUUUUUAAGAAGCCCCUGUUGUUCUUCACAUCUCAGCUUGCAAAAAGAUAGUUACUAAAUGUCAGUUUGCAAAGGGUGGUUUAAAAUUACAUUUUAUGUUUCAGUGAAAUUUUUUAUAUUAUUUUUGUUUGGUUAUUUGUAAAACCAAGGGAUAACUUUUGUGAUAUAAUAGCUUUAAAUGAAAAUUAGGUAACAAUUCAAAAGAAAAAAAAAAAAAAAAAA